AUGAAAUCGUUCGCUUGGCAUUUUUAUACCGACCUAUACAAAGCAGAUCACGUAGAGCCUAGUGACAUUGAGGCAUAUUUGGACACAGUGACAUUUGAGAAAGUGCUGACCGUUGAUGAACAGCAAUCAUUGAUAGAUCCCAUUACUCUGGAUGAACUGUUGCAGCAGGCAAAUCGUUCAACGAAGGCCACAGCUCCUGGUAGUGAUGGUCUGGCCUACCCUUUUCUAUCGCUCCUAUUUCAAAUGACCCGUUUGAAAGAGCUUGUCCUUCGGCUGUACAAUGAUGCUCUCAAGGGUAUCUUUCUCUCUUCCUGGCAUGAUCUGCGUAUUCGUCUACUACCCAAGAAGGGCCUACUUGCGUUGCUCAAAAAUUGGCGCCCAAUCUGUCUCCUGGGAUGUGAUGGUAAGGUCUUUACCAGACUUCUUGCUCAUCGCAUGGCUCCAAUUCUUGGGCGGAUCAUUAACCCAUUCCAAUCUGGUUUCCUGCAACAAAGGUUCAUCUGUGACAAUGGCCUAGCGUUAUCGAUGGUCUUGGAAGAGGCUCGGGCCUUCCAUCACAAGGGUGCUGGUAUCCUACUUGAUCAGGAAAAAGCCUAUGAUCGGGUGAAUGCUGACUAUCUGUGUGCUGUUCUUCGUCGUCUUGGGUUUCCCGCCAGCUUUGUGUCAUGUGUCAAAUCAUUGUUCUUUGGCAAUAGCAUGUACAUCAAUGUUAAUGGUUACUUCACCUCAGCCGUCAAGCAGGAAGGGGGUAUCCGUCAAGACGAUCCUCUGUACCCUCUUCUUUUCGAUGUGGCACUGGAACCUUUCCUAUUAUCCAUCCUGCAAGACACUUGUUUCCAUGGUUUUAAGGCAAGCAAUGGUGCAUCUGCGGAUAUGGUCUCUUCUCGUGACCCACCAGCUGUCAAAUGCCUUGCGUACGCUGAUGAUGUCUGUGUCCUUCUACGAGACGAACUGGAUCUGUAUCGCCUCCAACUACACAUGGCUAACUAUGCAGCCGUCUCCAAUGCCAAGUUCAAUGAAGACAAGUCAGAAGCCUUCUCUCUGUCUGGUUGUCGCUCUUCGGCGUGGGUGCGAGCCUUUGAAGACAUGAACGUUCAUACAUACCACCACCAAGGCUCCAUCACGGCUUUUCGAUAUCUUGGUUUGUAUUUUGCUUACAACCAUGCUCAACAUGCUCAAACAGAAGAGAUGUUACUCAACUCAGUCAGAACUCAAUGUCAGAUCUACGGACAACGACAACUGUCUCUCCUGGGUAGAGUCACCAUCGUCAAUAGCCUCAUUCUGUCCAAGGUGUGGUAUAGUCUGCGCAUGCUGAAGCCUACCAAACGGUUUGUAGAGAACGUAAAGUCAUGUGUUUAUCAAUUUGUCUGGAAGAAGAAGCGGCCAUUACUACGCAAAGAACUCAUAUUUCUACCCAAGUCCAGAGGUGGUCUUGCUGUUCUCAACCCUUCUCUUCAACAAUUGAUCCUCCAAAAACGCUGGCUCAAUUACCUCGUUGAACCGCAGAAAUGUCCGUCCUUCCUGCGUCCCUUCAUGCUCUAUCACGUAUCACUGCUACCGGCGUCAUCAGAGUUUCCUUACUUGGCCUUCGUAGAUGCUGAAUACUGCAAGUCCUCCCUGAUACACAAGGAUCUUUCUAUUUGGCAUUCUAUCUUCGCCAUGUAUGACUAUUUUGAUUUCAGUGGACUUCAACAAGUGGAUUUUCUUCCGGUCCAGACCAUCCUGCAAUUGCCUUUGCAUAAGCUUCUCAUAGACCUCAGCGAUGAUCACUGGCUCCGGCGUCAUCCCAAACAAGUUCCUGAUCUUUGA